ACAGCUCUGUUUGAUCAUCUGAUUUGUUGUUUGGGAUUCAUGACUUGGAAUUCCUUUGGGUGCAAGAUGGGGCCCUUUAUAUUUCUUAAAUAUAUAUUCUGAAACGGCGAUUCCUAGUGAUAACUCAUCAUGAGUCGCAGGAAAAAGCCUAAGUUGGAAUUAAAAGAAGACCGAGAUGAAAAACCACCACUACUUGAGCCAGAAGUAGGAGAAAGCCCAGAAAGAAAAGAAAAAUAUUCUCCAAUUGAAAAGAAACUAACCCCCAGUGCAAGCAGGUCGAGCCCUAAAAAAGACAAAAAGGAUGACUUUAAAAAGGAGCGAGAUGAUGAUAAAGGAGAUAAUGAUUCAGAGCUGGAUGAUCCAGUCAUUAAGGAGUUAUUUUCCGGGCUGGAGGGAGCUGCUUUUCAAAGCAGAAUGCCUUUCGAUAAGCUGACCUCUAUUGAGGCUGCUUGCUUUCCAGAUAUUGCCAAUGCUUCUCUCCAAACAGUUAAAGUCUACCUGAAUAUUAGAAAUAGAAUUUUAAAGAUGUGGCUUGACAAUCCAAAGCAGCAGCUUAUUUUAGACCAUGCCAUUGAAAACAUGGAGCCUCCUUACAACAGUGAUUUGCCCCUAUUAAAAAGAAUACAUUGCUUCCUUGAGAGAAAUGGGGUUAUCAACUAUGGCAUAUUUAAAAGGUUGCAGCCAAUUCCAAGUAAAAAAUAUGGCAAAGUUAUUGUGAUAGGUGCAGGAAUUGCUGGGCUUGCAGCUGCCCAGCAGAUGCAGCAAUUCGGACUAGAAGUCAUAGUUCUUGAGGCAAGGGAUAGAGUGGGAGGGAGAAUAGCUACAUUUAGAAAAGGGAACUACAUUGCUGACUUAGGUGCCAUGGUGGUCACAGGAUUAGGAGGGAACCCUGUGACUACCCUUAGUAAACAAAUUGAUAUGGAACUUCAUAGGAUUCGACAGAAGUGCCCUUUGUACCAGUCCAGUGGAGUAACAGUUGAUAAAGAUAAGGAUGAAAUGGUGGAGAGGGAAUUCAAUAGGUUAUUGGAGGCUACAUCAUAUUUUUCUCAUCAUCUAGAUUUCAAUUAUGCAGGAAAUAAACCUGUCAGCCUGGGUCAAGCCUUGGAGUGGGUGAUUAAGCUACAAGAAAAACAUAUAAAGGAGAAACAGAUUCUUCACUUGAAAUCUGUUAUAGAGCUUCAGAAAAAAAUUAAAACCAACCAGCAUUCCCUAAUGAGAAUAAGAACACAAAUGGAGGAGAUCCAUAAAAAACUGAGAGAAGUGAAAAACAUCGAAAAGAGAAAUUUGGAUCAGGAAUUUAUUUACAAGAGUGGAAUAAGGGACUUACAUGCACUAGCCAAAGCCUGGGAUCAAAUCAAACUUCAAGAACGAAAAUUGGAAAAACAGCUGGCACAACUGGAGUCCGGACCUCCCAGUGACGAAUAUUUGUCUUCAAAAGACCGGCAAAUAUUGGAUUGGCACUUUGCCAACCUGGAGUUCGCCAAUGCUACGCCUUUGUCCAACCUUUCAUUAAAGCACUGGGAUCAGGACGACGAUUUUGAGUUUACUGGGAAUCACUUAACAGUUAGAAAUGGAUAUUCUUGCGUACCUGUGGCGCUUGCUGAAGGCCUUGACAUUAAACUGAACGCGGCUGUAAGAAAAGUCGAAUACAACCACGACGGCGUCGAGGUUACCGUCUAUAACCCGAGAAAUCCGCAAACCACUAAUACUUACCAUGCUGAUGUUGUCCUCUGCACUCUCCCCCUGGGGGUGCUGAAACUAUCAGCAGUCUCCACCAGUGGACAGCUCAACACUGUCCAGUUCUGUCCUCCAUUGCCAGACUGGAAAACUUCCGCAGUACAGCGGUUGGGAUAUGGAAACUUAAAUAAAGUAGUUUUAUGCUUUGAGCGUAUUUUCUGGAACCCUCAAGCCAACUUGUUCGGCCAUGUUGGCAGCACCACUGCCAGUCGUGGGGAGCUUUUUCUCUUCUGGAACCUCUAUAAAGCUCCAGUUCUUUUGGCCCUUGUUGCUGGAGAAGCUGCUGCUAUAAUGGAGAAUGUAACUGAUGAUGUCAUCGUUGGAAGAUGUAUCGCUGUCCUACGAGGGAUCUUCGGUCAAUCGGGAGUUCCACAGCCAAAAGAAACGGUGGUAACAAGAUGGCGUGCAGAUCCGUGGUCCCGAGGUUCCUACAGUUUCGUUGCUGUGGGUUCCUCAGGAUCAGACUAUGACCUUUUAGCCUCCCCUGUGAUCCCUCCCAACCCCCAAGGGGUGUCUGUCCCUGACGGACCUGCACGUGUGUUCUUCGCAGGUGAGCACACCAUCAGAAAUUAUCCUGCUACUGUCCAUGGGGCUUUCUUAAGUGGAUUAAGGGAAGCCAGCAGGAUCGCUGAUCAGAUUAUUGGGAAUCCUUGUCAGCCGCAACCUGCAGAUGAGAAGAGCUAAUUAAGGGUAGUGAUGAUCGAUUGUCUUUAUUUUAAUUUUAUUGAUGGAAAUGGUGAUUGUUAUUUUUUAUUUUUAAUGGGCUUUAUUGUAUUGUUUCUUAGGUAGGUAUUGAUUUAAUGUAUUUUUAUAUUUUGUGAUCUUACUUUUUAGUGACAUUAAAGGCUUUACAGUAA